AUGGACGCGGGUGCACGGCUCGCGUCGCAGCUGGGGCUGUCAUUAGACCCGCAGCACAUCGAGCAGCUGCAGGACUACCUCCUGCUGGUCUUCCAGGCGCCCCGCAAGCUAACAGCGCGCGCCCUCGCGGUUUCAGGGCUCCGCAGCGCACCCCAGCAGCAGGUGAAGGCUGCCACCGUGUUCUCGCUCUGGGCGGCUCAGCACCGCGACCGCGGCCUCCUGCUGGCGCUGCUUGCCGCAGCACCGCCCGUGCCAGCGCCGCCCGCCAAGGCCCGCGUGCCGGCACUGCAGCUGGCAGUCGCCACCGGCAAGGCCGCCUCCCAUGGGAGCAGCCACGGCAGGAGCGGCAGCGACAGCCACCUGGCGCUGCCCAGCUCGCCGCUGUCGGGGCUGGUGACGCCGGUGCCUACGGCGGCGCGGGAGGUGCGGCGCCAGCUCAGCGGGCAGCGCACGCCGAGCAGCACUGCCAGCGAGGCGGGCAGCGGGCCUGGCAGUGCGUGCAGUGAUUCAGACAGCAUGUGCAGCCACCCCGUUGACAGCGAGGAGGAGGAGACUGGCGUUGAGCAGCUGGCCGACGACGCUGUGGCAGCGGCCCACCGCCAGAGCCGCACCCACACGCACGCCCACCCCGCCGCCCGCCUCGCCCUGUGCGCAGCAGCCGCCCUGGAGGAGUUCCGGGAGCCGCGGGAGGUGCCUUUCUGGGCGCCCAAGCCCAGCGCGUUUCUGGCCAAGGACGACUGA